AUGCCUUUGGAUGCUGGUCUACAAGGUUACAUUCUGAGAAAUAGAACUCAACUUCUAAGGACUGAUUUGUUGUUCAAAUUGAGCUUUUUCGUACAAAAGUUCACUUAUCCGGAUAAGGGAGUUGUUGCGUCUCUUGUAGAGGAAUUCGAAGGGCAUUACCUCUACAUAGCUAGGAGCAAGUAUGGUCACUUUAUAGCCGAAGCUGUUUGUAACCGUGCUCCUUUAACAAGCUUCCAAUCAUUUUAUGGAGAGGUUGUCACUCAUUCAGAAGAUCUAGUGAACCACAUUUAUGGGAACAAUGUCAUUUCGAAGCUGAUCCGCAGGACAAAGACGGAAAAAAGCAUGCAUUUGGACUGUGGUUUAGAAGAUUACAUUAUGAUAAAUAGAAAUUUUCAUCUAAGGACUGAAUUUGGUAAAUAUUUCGUCUUCACAUUUGAAGUUUAA